AUGCCCCUAUAUAAAAUCUCAAAUGAAAACCGCACAUGUCGGAAACUGGUUGUAGCUGGAAACUUGACAGAAUUAUUAGAUAAAGGAAUCAAAAAGCUGGAGAUAGAAAAUGGUUUAGAGUGCUAUGCAGUUUUAGAAAACGAUGGGACUCCCAUUGAAGAGUCGGAAGAAUUGAUCGCCCUCACAAAGGAUGAUACAAUAAUGCUACUGGAAAAGGGGAAAACAUGGCAGAAACUGGAAAAUGCUACAUCACCUGUCACAGAAAUGGAACCUGAUGAUUUAACGCCCCCUGUUUCACAUGAAACCACUGGAUGUUCCAGUUCAGAUGAAAGUUAUGCCUGGAUAGUUUCGAACCCACUACCAGCGUUCAGUUCGAUCAUCACUCAAAACAAAGAGAAAAUUGAACAAAUUUGGAGACCAUUGGUAAACGAAACAGCAAUAUUUUAUUACAACAAAUUUCCUGAAAUAGGACAGUCUUCACAAUACCAGGCGAUCAGCAAGAAGGUGUUACGUGACUUUCUAUGUAUUGGAUUGCCAGGAGGAGCACAUCCAUGGACAACAUUCUCAAAAAGUGUAGCGCAGAAAAUACGACAUAUUCGCCAUAAUAGUAAAGUUAAAAGCCUAGACUCAACAGAUGCUUCAUCGAAUAAAAAACCAAGAAAAAGUAGCGAAUUCGCUCAAAUAGGACCAAUCGAAGAAUCUACUGAGAAGGAUGAAGAGAAACACAAGAUAGAACUCUUAAAUGAAUGGAAAAAAGUCAACCCAGACAAAAAACACAUCAAGCUCCUAAUAAAUACAACCAGUAAUUUAUUUAAUACAAUUUUGAAAACCAAUCCUGGUGGACAGAUACAGCCCAUCUUAAACGUAUUUCCGUGCUUCACUGAUAUUGAAUUUAUUAUAUACAAACUAUCGCUGAAAUUGGGAAUUCCCAAAAUUGAAAGAAUAUCUGAAAGAUUAAACAAACUUUUGGCAGCAAUUGAAAAAAUUAUGAAAAGGAGUGCUGUGGAGGAUGACCCUUGGCGUUUCUUCCAUGCCAUCCGUUUUAUUGAAGACGAGAUUAAAAAUGGAAAAUCUGAAUCUUUAAUACGUGUAACUACGGAAUACAACGAAAAUGAAAUAGAGAAACAUCUACAGACUAAAGAAAACCAGCCCUUGUUUCUACAAAUAUUCACGAGUAGUGACAAAAUUGAGGGCAUUAGCAGGCCUAUAGCCCAUAGUACAUAUGAUUAA